AUGGUGGAGCCCAUUGACCAGCCACAGCCUGUGCCCUCUAUUCAUGGCGACCUGCUUCCAAACAUUGGUUGGAAGAAGAACGUCUUCAAGUCCUCCACUGAAAGUGGCGAGAUAGUCGCCAAGAAAGUCCACAAACGUUGGAAACUGCUAGAAAGCGAAGUCUGGAAGAAGAUCAAUACAGUCAACAAGAAGCUCAUCAUACACCAACUAAGGACAGAGAUUCUGAAGAUGAGAGCAAGCACAAAGCCUUUGAUUGGUCGUGUAGCAUGGAACGGCGAUAUUGAGAAGGAUGAUCCAUACCCUGAUCCAUACCACUCAGAUACUACAAGGUACACUGUGAAUUAUUUUGGGAGCGAAGCUGAAUUCGAUGCGCACAAAGUCGAGCAAAUGCGCGCCAGACGUGGCGAUGCCGCAGCAAAAGCCUUGGAGGAUCGCAUCAAGCCCCUCCGAGACCAGUACUCGGAAAGAUUCGUCCUCACGCAUGGAGAUUUGCAUUCACAGAACGUUCAUGUUCGCCGUGUUGUAGGUUCGGAUGGAAAGUCUCGAUGGGAGCUGUCAGGUAUUCUCGACUGGGGAAGUAGUGGUCUUUACCCUAAGUACAUGGAGUACGCCAUGGCUAUGAAGACUGGGCCGCACCGUCCAUAUUGGAAGAAGGUGAUGAAGGAAGUCUUGCAGGGAAUGGAGUGCUCGAGGGAGAGAAUGGAGGUGGAGGAACGGGCCACGGAAUGUGUAGGUGUGGUAGGAAUGAACUCUUGCUUCAGCUCUCCGGGCCGAGUUGUUUUUGGUUAUCAAGCUGUUAGCGCUACGCUCGUGGCCCCGAACAUCGAUGUCGAUAGUAUUCUACACACGUCGGAAGCUCCACUGUAUGUACUCUACCAGGGUUUCAGGGAGGCCGCACCGAACCCUGGUCUAGCUACCGGCGAACUCCGCCGGCUGUAA